GAGCGAAUUCUAGGCAACGUCCAAUCGUACUCAACAAGGACCUGCGGUAUCCUCCAAGUCGAUUUGCAGCGAAUUCAACAGAAAAGAAGAGGUUGGUCAUCACCAUUUCUCUCUCAGCCUCGUAAGAGAAACUCAUACGGGGUCAAAACGCCAAAUUAAUCCGACCGAAGAAAUAACGUAUUCAACGUUAAUAUAAUUCCAAACUCAACAAUGGCUGAUACAGCAGUAGAGAAGAAAGCACCAACCACAGAGGUUACUGCAAAGGAGCUGAAAGAGAAGAAAGAAGUGGAGGUGGAAGUGAAAGAAGAUAAGAAAGAAAAGAAAGAAAACGGCAGUGGGGACGCACCUGCCAAUGGCACAAAUGGUGCUGAUGACAGUGAAAAGGCUGUGAAGGAGGUAGAUGAGGAAAAGCAUGAAAAUGGCAACGGGAAGGCAGAGGAGGCUCCCCCUGCUGAGAAGGCCGAGGCACAGCCUGUGAAGCGUGCCGCUGAAGAGGAGAAGGAGGAGGAGGAGGUUCGUUCAGACAUGCUUGUGCAAGCUUUUAAAUUCCCCAGUAUCUUUAGGAAAACAAUAGUGUUUCAACUCGAUCUUGUGGCUAUGAUGGGACUUUUGUUUUAAUAAUCAUCAUCUUCAUUUUAGGAAAAGGUGGAGACCAAAAAGCAGAAGACUGAGGAAAAUGGAGAUUCAAAAGCAGAAGCAAAAGUAGAGGCCUAAACCUCUGCCAUGUUUGUUUACAGCGCUGCCUAAAGGGCCCUGGUCGGCAUCAUUUUGUAGAGUGAUGUGCUUUCUGUUUCUGCAAGAUGUAUUGUUUGUUCCCACGGUAUCCAUGUUUGCACUGGAGUUUUUCAGCUUGGUGGCCCCUACUCCUUUUUUUUUUUAUGAGAUGUUAUUUAUUGGUCUAAAAAAAUUGAAUGUUUUCUUUUUUAACUUGUAAAAAUUGGGCCAUGCCCUAUGAUAAGUUUAGUUUUAUAAAUCAGUAUGUUUUGAAGCACAUCCUCUACUCCUAGUGCAGACCAGCUCAUUCAUUACUGGGCAGUUGCUUUCCUCGUCAUGGCUCAUGUUGACUCAGAUUCACUAUAAGACCAAAGAUAAGUUUUAAGAAGGGGCUAAUAGACAGUUGGCGUUAAGGCUUUUUUUGUGUUGAGCUGCUAGUAGUUAAUCCUUUGCCUGGCUGCCCUGUUAACAUAACAGAUGGUACAAAUAAAUUAAGGGAUCUUUCUGUUAUGCCUCAUAAGAUUACUUGACCCUAUUUUGUAGAGGCAGGCUUUUGCAAUGUUAAUUAACCCCUCUUAAAUCUUAACACUUUGGUCGUUUGUUCUGUACGCAUUCCACGCCAAGUUUAUACCAUAUCAUCUACAAUUACCGUUUCUGGUUUUCUAUUGGUUUAUGUUUAGCUGAGUACCUGUGUCAAAUACUGCCUUUAUCAGAAUGACAUUUGUUUACUUCAGCCACUGCUUUGUAUAUUCUGAUUACAAAAAAAAUAAAUUGUCUUUUUACUUA